AGCUUGAUCUGCAUACAAAAUGUGUGGUGGAUGUGGAUGCAAACAAGGUUAUUCUUCAUCCUGUAAACACCAACCUUUCAAAAGGAGAUGCCAGCAGGACCCAGCCGAAGGUGUUUGCUUACGAUCACUGCUUUUGGUCUAUGGAUGAAUCUGUCAAAGAAAAAUAUGCAGGUCAAGAUGUUGUUUUCAAGUGCCUUGGAGAGAAUAUUCUUCAGAAUGCCUUUGAAGGCUAUAAUGCUUGCAUCUUUGCCUAUGGGCAAACUGGAUCUGGAAAAUCAUACACAAUGAUGGGUACUGCUGACCAACCUGGAUUAAUCCCUAGACUUUGCAGCGGUCUCUUUGAAAGAGCACAGAAGGAAGAAAAUGAAGAGCAGAGUUUUAAAGUGGAAGUAUCCUACAUGGAGAUAUACAAUGAGAAAGUCAGAGAUCUUCUUGACCCGAAAGGAAGCCGGCAGUCAUUAAAAGUUAGAGAACACAGUGUUUAUGGUCCUUAUGUAGAUGGGCUAUCCAAACUAGCUGUUGCUAGCUACAAGGACAUCGAGUCCUUGAUGUCUGAGGGCAACAAAUCUCGCACAGUGGCUGCAACCAACAUGAAUGAGGAGAGCAGUCGGUCCCACGCAGUCUUCAAGAUUAUCCUCACCCACACACUCUAUGAUGUGCAAUCAGGAACAUCAGGUGAGAAGGUGGGCAAGCUGAGUCUGGUGGAUUUAGCAGGUAGUGAAAGGGCAACUAAGACUGGUGCUGCAGGAGACAGGCUGAAAGAAGGGAGCAACAUUAACAAAUCCCUUACAACUCUUGGACUGGUUAUUUCUGCCUUGGCGGAUCAGGCUGCUGGCAAGAACAAGAACAAAUUUGUUCCUUAUCGUGAUUCUGUGCUCACUUGGUUACUUAAAGACAGCCUUGGUGGCAACAGCAAGACUGCCAUGGUAGCAACAGUAAGCCCAGCAGCAGACAACUACGAUGAGACCCUUUCGACACUCAGGUACGCAGACCGGGCCAAGAACAUCGUAAAUCACGCUGUGGUGAACGAGGAUCCCAAUGCUCGCAUUAUUCGGGAGUUGCGUGAGGAGGUGGAGAAGCUGCGAGAACAGCUCACAAAAGCAGAGGCUAUGAAAUCACCAGAAUUAAAAGAACGAUUGGAGGAGUCAGAAAAGUUGAUCCAGGAAAUGACUGUGACUUGGGAAGAAAAGUUAAGAAAAACUGAAGAGAUAGCACAGGAACGUCAGAAACAGUUGGAAAGCCUUGGCAUAUCGCUUCAAUCUUCUGGGAUAAAAGUUGGGGAUAAUAAGUGCUUCCUGGUUAAUUUGAAUGCAGACCCAGCUCUCAAUGAACUUCUGGUAUACUAUUUAAAGGAACACACGUUAAUAGGAUCAGACAACUCUCAAGAUAUCCAGCUAUGUGGAAUGGGAAUUCUUCCUGAACACUGCAUUAUAGACAUCACCCCAGAAGGACAGGUUAUGUUAACACCUCAAAAAAACACUAGGACAUUUGUGAAUGGUUCUGCUGUUACGGGUCCUAUCCAGCUACAUCAUGGAGACAGAAUACUAUGGGGAAACAACCACUUUUUCAGGCUGAAUUUGCCAAAAAAGAAAAAGAAAUCGGAUCAUGAGGAAGAGGAGCGAGACAACUCUAUCAAGUGCAGUAAUAGUGUUGAGCAGCUGGAUGUAGAUGGAGACAAUUCCAGUGAAGUGUCCAGUGAGAUUAACUUCAGCUAUGAAUAUGCCCAGAUGGAAGUCACUAUGAAGGCACUUGGUAGUAAUGAUCCUAUGCAGUCCAUCUUGCAAAGCCUGGAGCAGCAGCACGAGGAGGAGAAGAGAUCUGCACUUGAACGGCAGAGACUUAUGUAUGAGCAUGAACUGGAACAGUUACGAAGGCGAUUGUCACCAGAGAAGCAGCAUUUCCGCAGCAUGGACAGGUUCUCCUUUCAUUCUCCCAGUGCUCAACAACGUUUACGGCAGUGGGCAGAGGAGAGAGAAGAAAUGUUGACCCAUAGCCUGAGAAAGCUGCGAGAGCAAAUUGUUAAAGCCAAUUUGUAUGUGAGAGAAGCCAAUUUUAUUGGAGAAGAAUUGGACAAGAGGACAGAGUAUAAAGUCACCCUCCAGAUCCCAGCUUCAAGCCUUAAUGCCAACAGUAAGAGAGGUGCAAUUCUCAGCGAGCCUGCUAUUCAGGUGAGAAGGAAAGGGAAAGGCAAACAGAUUUGGUCACUGGAAAAGCUGGAGAAUCGGUUAGUAGACAUGAGGGAUCUUUACCAGGAGUGGAAAGACUGUGAGGAAGACAACCCUGUGAUGAGAGCUUACUUCAGACGAGCUGAUCCAUUCUAUGAUGAGCAGGAGAACCACAGCCUUAUCGGAGUAGCCAAUGUCUUUCUUGAGUGCCUGUUCUAUGAUGUGAAGCUGCAAUACGCUGUGCCAAUCAUCAAUCAGAAGGGAGAGGUAUCUGGUCGUCUCCAUGUUGAAGUUGUUCGAGUGAGUGGAGAGAUAGAUGACAGGUUGGUUGGUGGUGAGGAUAGUCCUGAUUAUUCCAAUGAAAAUGACACUCAGGAGAGAAAACUUGUCUGCAGGAUUAAAAUACUUCAGGCAACAGGUUUGCCACAGCACCUCUCCAACUUUGUGUUCUGCAAAUACACAUUCUGGGAUCAGCUGGAGCCAGUUAAUGUUGCACCUGAGGUGGAUCCUUCCUUAUCCCCCAUUAGCAAGGAGCCACGGUGCAUGGUUGUCUUCGAUCAUUGCAACGAGUUUUCUGUAAAUAUUUCUGAAGACUUCAUGGAACAUCUCUAUGAUGGUGCUCUGGCAAUUGAAGUAUAUGGGCACAAGCAGAGUGGUGACCGCAAAAAUCCAACCCUGUGGGAUUUGGGAAUCAUUCAGGCCAAAACACGGAGCCUUCGAGACAGGUGGAGUGAAGUAACCCGAAAAGUAGAGCUCUGGGUUCAAAUUCUAGAGCUGAAUGAGAAUGGGGAAUACUGCCCAGUUGAGGUGACUCCUGCCAGGGAUGUUUGCACUGGGGGCAUCUUUCAGCUCAGACAGGGGCAAUCUCGAAGAAUUCAGGUUGAAGUGAGAUCUGUGCAGGAAUCUGGGACCUUGCCACUGAUGGAGGAGUCAAUACUAUCUGUUGGAAUUGGUUGUGUUCAAAUAAAACACGUUAAGUCACAGAAAGUACCAGAAAUUUAUCAGGAAGAAGAAGAUGAAAUGGACAGUUACCAGGAUAGGGAUUUGGAGAGGCUCCGUCGGAAGUGGCUGUGUGCCUUAACAAAGCGUCAGGAAUACCUUGAUCAGCAAUUGCAGAAACUUGUUGGGAAGCCUGAUAAAACAGAGGAUGAUGCCGAUCGGGAGGCACAGCUUCUAGAGAUGAGGCUAACGCUCACUGAAGAAAGGAAUGCUGUAAUGGUGCCUUCUGCAGGCAGUGGGAUCCCUGGAGCUCCAGCAGAGUGGACUCCCGUGCCUGGUAUGGAAACUCACAUUCCUGUUAUUUUCCUUGACUUGAAUGCUGAUGACUUCAGCUCCCAAGAUAACCUUGAUGACCCAGAAGCAGGUGGGUGGGAUGCGACUCUUGUUGCUGAAGAAGAGGAGGAAUUUUUUGAACUGCAGAUUGUAAAACAUCAUGAUAGUGAGGUGAAAGUAGAAGCCUCCUGGGACUCCACAGUCCACGACUGCAUCCAGCUCAGUAAAGGAACAGCAGCAGAUGAAAGAGUUUAUCUUAUUGUGAGAGCCACUGUGCAGCUCAGCCAUCCUGCAGAAAUGCAGUUGGUGCUGCGCAAACGCAUCUGCGUCAACGUUUAUGGCAGACAGGGCUUUGCACAGAGCUUCCUCCGAAGAAUGUCUCACCGAAGUUCCAUUCCUGGCUGUGGUGUCACUUUUGAGAUAGUCUCAAAUAUUCCAGAGGAUGCUCAAGGAGCUGAGGAGCGGGAAGCACUGGCCAGAAUGGCAGCAAAUGUUGAAGACGCAGCUUCAGCUGACUCUGAAGCCUAUAUAGAGAAGUACUUGCGAAGUGUGCUGGCUGUGGAGAACAUUCUCACCUUGGAUCGUCUGCGACAGGAAGUUGCAGUAAAAGAGCAGCUAAUGGGAAAAGGAAAACUCUACCGGAGGAGCCUGAGCUCUCCCAAUGUGAAUCGGCUUUCUGCAAGCCGCCAAGAUUUAGCUCCUCCUUAUAACCUGAGCAGUAAUCGGAGUCCAAAGGUCCCAGCAGAGGGCCGAUGGGAAAGUCAGCAAGAUGUAUCCCAAGGUGUCACAAACUCCAGUAGGGGCAUUAGUCCAACUCGUACCUCUCUGCCAGGCUCUGGGCAGCAGAACCACUCCCCUGAUGCAGGUCUGGGUAGCCUUGCUGCUUCCUACCUGAAUCCUGUCAAGUCAUUCGUGCCUCAGAUGCCAAAGCUGCUGAAGUCUCUCUUUCCUGUUAGAGACGAGAAGAAGGGCAGGCAGACCUCACCUCUUGCACAGCAGGCUGUCCCACGGAUUAUGGUUCAGUCUGCCAGUAUCGAUGCCACUGCUGCAAAGAUAAAGCAGCUGAACCAAGAGGCAGCGGGGAAACGACCAUUUGAAGCUGCGGUACGGAUGUCAGAAGUGGAAAAGACUCCCGAGAAGAUGCCCAAAGUGCCUUUGCAGCAGCCCACGGGAGAUGCCCAGGCACAGGACUCCCAGGAAGGGCCUCCAAGUCCUCUGAGCGAAGCCUCCAGCGGGUACUUUUCCCACAGUGUAUCAACAGCCACCCUCUCUGAAGCCCUCAUAGCAGGGAGUGAUGUUGUGGUUCAGCCAGGGGGACAGACGCCUGCCCUAAGUGACUUCCCAGCUCCUGUUGUGGCUCAGGGAUCUUCAGACAUGCCAGGACACUCAAAUAGUCCUUUAGAAAGCUGUCUCAACAAUAAGGGGGAGAGUCUACCCACCCCCAGCCUUCCAAGUGCUCACACAAGAUCAAAAGACAGCACUGAAGUGAAUGGGAGUGAUGCUUUGAAAUCAAAAUCUUCUGCAUCUCCUGUGACUCAUAGUGAGCAGGCAAAUGAUGCCUCUGUAGCCACUGAUGCAAAAACCUUUCUUUCUACCUCUGCUCCAAAGACGGAGUCAUCUAAACAAUUGACCGAGUCAGCAGGACAGACUAUCAGGAGAAAGGAAACAACUUCUGGGGCUUCUGAACCGGGGGUUCCCAAACCACAGGUUCAGCCCAACCAAUUGUCCCAGCCCAGCGUUGCCACCUCCCCCUUCAAAAUCCAGAAAGUCAAGACUUCAGAGCUCAAGUCCUUCACCAGCAUGUUGGGGACUGAUCCCUCGUGUUCACUAAACGCAGAAGAGGAGCAGCAGGAAGGAGAAAAGAGCGCAUCUGCAGCACAUGGCCUGAGCCAUAAUGGGUCAGAGAUGGCAGAAGAAAAACUGGAAGUAGUUUCUGACUCUGAAGAUGCCAAUGAAAUUCCCGAGUGGCUGAAAGAGGGAGAAUAUGUCACUGUUGGUGCAAACAAGACAGGCAUCGUUAGAUACAUUGGGCCCACAGAUUUCCAAGAGGGAACGUGGGUUGGUGUUGAACUGGAUUUACCUUCAGGGAAGAAUGAUGGCUCCAUUGGAGGAAAGCAGUACUUCAGGUGCAACCCAGGCUAUGGAUUGCUCGUGAAACCAGGCAGAGUUAAAAAGGCCGUAGGACCAGCGAGGCGACGGAGCACUGGCGUGAGGUUGCAGGGAGCAGCAUCCAGCGAGAACAGGAGGAGUGGCAACUUCUCUGCUUCAGCAUCCAGCCUGGCUUCACUCACAGCCCUGGCUUCCAAGUCAGAAGGAGGACCCGCAAUUCGCUUGGAGAAGAGCCAGAAAAACGCAGAGAACAGGAAAUCCUGGGCGAGCUGAGAGAGUGGCCUGCUGCAAAACGCUCCACGCCGCAGCUGUGGGCCCCCGUCUUUUAGCUUCAGAUGGCUAAAAGCAGCCCUGAGAAGUUGUGGUUUGUGGCAAACACUAAUGAAGGUUUUUUUCUCUGCUUUGGGUGACUGGCAUGUUCAUUCCUUGCCUUGCCAUGGUGCUGGGUCUACAGCCAUAGUUUCCUUUUACAUGUUGUGAUGCUGAGGUGUAGGGGUGACUGUGAGCUCUGCUCUCCUCCAUCUCCCAGGAAGGAAGAGAUGAGAAUUGUUCAAAUUAUGGCAUGACUUCUAAACCCUGUCUACACCUCAGUGCUUCUCUGGAGCACAGGUCCCCAAAAGAACCAAUUCUGUAUAAUUUUGUGAGAGCUAUAUCACAUAAUGCAUGGUGAAAGGGCAAGAUAAUGAUCCCAGAUGGGCAGAGAAGGGAACAUAAAACUUAAUCUGGUAAUGAGGAACCCUCAAAACUCUUUCGUUUAAAAAAACAACAGCCCUCUGGUUGUGUGGCCCAACAUCAGUACCUGGUUUGAUUUCUGUUCUGUUCUCCUUCUGUGUAAAUCAGCACAAGAUUUAUUGCUGAUGGGAAUGAGAGCAGGCCCAUGACCUGCUCUGUAAUAUUUUUGGUCCCUUCUUUUUACGAAGGAGGAGAGUUAAACCAGUUUGCCAUCUCGGAUUCAUUUAGUGUAUGCGCUCACCAUGCUGUGCUCCUCUCACUGCCCCAAGCACUACAGGACCUUCCCAUUUGCUCUGUCUUUUCUGUCAGGAGGAUUUUGGCAGAGAUGGCACUGAAGUGCUCCCGUGUCCCCAGCGCUUUGUUGGGUCCUGCCUGCUGCUCGAUGGAGCAUCCUGCCCAACCUUUGGGUCUUUGCCCAGCCUUUGGGUCUUUACCCAACUAUGGGUUUUCAUCUAGCCUUUGGAUUUUCACCCAGCCUUUGGAUUUUCACCCAGCCUUUGGGUCUUCACUCAACCUUUUUGUCUUCGCCCAACCUUUGUGUCUUCACCCAACCUUUGGGUCUUCGCCCAACCUUUGGGUCUUCACCCAGCCUUUGGUUUUCACCCAGAUUUUCAAAGCAGAGGCUUGCUGCUCUUGUAACAGGAUGAAUCCAGUGUAUUUAUUUGUAUUUAUUGUGUCGAACUGAGCAAAGGUUGCGCUUUACAAUCAUCCGACGCCCGGCGUUGCGCUGAGGAGCGCAGUGCUAAGAGGAGCCCAACCCAGUGACAUGGAAACAAACCCAUGAAAGAGUCUUCCCCAAACCAACCCCUCCCAGAGGUGGAGGGUUGGCCUGGCUUUUAUAAAACUUGAUUUUAUUUUUGGUAAACCUUACUAGUUUUUAACACCCUGUGGCACAAAUUACAUACCUGUAUCUACGUGUGCACAUAUCUACGUACACCCAUUUUCUAACAAAUCAAGAAAGGCCACAGGCUUUUAUAUUCUGAGUUGUUUAUAUCUUGUUUAAGGAAUCAGGGGGGGAUUGGACAUCUUGAGCAAUAAAGGUUUUAUCUACUUGGGGAAUAUUUAGGAUGCUGAAUUAAUGAUUUAACUUUAAUACGUAUCUAGUCUCUGUCCGUGCUGCAUGUGGGUAUCAAAGUGCCUUAGCCAUCUGGUUCAGAGGUCCAAGGGAGAGAUACAUUGUCAUCAGAGGAGACAGGGAUGCUUAGUGAAGGAGAUAAUUAUGCUGAUUUACUGUAAUUAAUAUCAUUUAUGCAGAAGGAAUAAAAUUAAAAUAGAAACUAAUCUGUAGCUGAAAUAAGUGGGGAUGGGAUACAGUGCGGCAUGUGUAGUACUGCCAUGGAUUUGUAUCUCCUCUCAGCUUUUCUUAGUUUCAAUGUUUCCUGGAUUUUUGUAAAGAAAUCUUAAUAUGAAAUGUGUAGAGCAGCUUUUAAAGACGUUUUUAGCAUACGGUUUUUUCUCCUUUUUCUUUGCAUAAAGCUCCUGUCCAUGCAAGCCAAGGUGAUGGGAGAAAUUCAGUAAUAAGGAGUUCAGAUGCUCAAAUUCCUGGUUUUUAUAGAUGUGACCCAUGCAACAAAGUGGCAUUUUGCUUUGGGGCGUGAUGACUCUCACUGAUAGAAGGCCACCCGCUGGUUCAUAUGACGCCUCUUACACUGCCUUGUCUGUUUUCUGAAAUCCACUUUUGACGUUUUUCUGAUUGCACUCUGCUCUGAUGUGCUACACAGAGGUAGCCCAUGGGAAGCAGCCCCCAGCCUACGGGUUUUUGUAGUCUCAGCAUUUCAUUACAGGAGUUAGUUUGAUGUUUGCACGUCCCCUUUGGGGGGAUACGAAGGGAAGAAGCUGUCUGAGUCCUCCCACACCCCACUGCUCUGCUGAGGACUGCAGAUGUCCAGGGCUGAUAGGAAGCAGCAAAGGUGCAGGAGUGACAGGGUGCAGCCCAAGCAGCUGGGCAGUGGCUUGCUAUGGGUUUUACCCACUGUAAAUUCCUCUGCUUGCACUCGUAUUGCAGUUCUUGCUUUGUAGGGAUGUAUUUUAAGUGUCUGGAACGUGUGCUCAGAGGCUGCAGCCAGGUGGUGGGGGAGGGUUUCCUCUGCCUCUGCCCUUGGUUGUGUUACCACACUGUGCUGUACCGAUUCAGAAGGGCACAAACAGCAUUGACCUGCUACCUCCCCCAGGGUCAGUUGCCCUGGAAGCAAAUGUCUUAAAUAUGGCUGUGGUUGGGGUGUCUGCAAACAUUGGUGUGCAAUAAGGGGGGCAGAGCUGCUCUGUUCAGAGCACCACGUUGACCUUUGUGGAAGGAGGAUUUUUCUCUUUGCUUUGUGCUUUCUUUUUGAAUUUUGAAUGAAACCUCCUCAAAUUCCACCUGCCCCCAAAGGCUCACUCAGUGGGUGACUUCCACAAAGCCAAGCACAUCCACAUGGGUCACGAGGCCACUCCAUCUCCUUCCUGCUCACCCCAACUUCCCCAGCCGCCCUCUCCUUCUCCUGUUGGUAAUCCAAGUUUGGGCACAGUGAACACUCAUUCUCUGCUCAGAGCAUCAGCUAACCAGAGAACGUCCUUUUAAACCACAAUGAGAGUAAUUUUAUUUUAUUUUUUUAAUUGAUAACUAGCAUUAGAAUAACUCUACCCUCAGCAUAAAGGAGGAGGUGCUCUUAACUGGAACAGCCCAGCAGCUGAGGCUGGUGUGUUAAUAGCUAUGCAUACUUCCCAACGUUUUUCAUGCACUUUAUAUACAGGGAGGAAGAAUAUUUUAAUGCAGGAACUGUGAUUUGUUGUGAUUCGAGUUUCUCAUCUGCUGUGUUUGCUCAGUUCUGUGAGCUCAUGUGGUGCCUGAGAGCAGAGCUGUGUGGGUGGGUCUGAGAUGUGGUGGGAUUUGGGCACAUGGUGCAUUUGCUGCAAGCAGCCCAGGCAAUGCUUUGGGAAGGGUGUUUUGUGGGUUCUCUCCAGCCAAGCCAAGACUUCGUACUGUAUGAUGCUCCUGAGUCUCCUGGUGUUUUGAUCUUGUCCCAAAUAAUACCUGCUCAGUUGAAAGGCCUUGGCUCUUUGCUUGUCGGCAGCAUACUUUAUUUGAGGAAGAUAGAAAUGAUUCCUGCAUGGGAAUAUUGCCCAUAUCCUUAAGAAAGAAGGGUUUGCCCCACAUCUCUUCCCUUCAUGAGCCUCAGAGGCUCAGCAUCACUUUGCUCUGGUACGAGCUGAGAACCCAUCUCAUUCUGCCUCACCGGUCAUCAAAACCCAUCCAAAAUGAGCCCGGGCAUCACACAGCACAGUCCUGCUCAUACAUAAGGGAGCUGUCCAAGAGUCCUUCCUGUCCUGACACAUGUUGUCCUUACUCUGGUACUGGCAGUUCUUUGCACAAGAAAUUCAGUGUUUGCAGUGCCUUAUCCCUGGGUCAGCAAGUAACACAGCAAUGUGAUGGGCUCAGCCUGACCUCGAGUCUGCAUAGCUUGUAGGAAGUGAUGCUACACCAAGGUGCAGAUGAGUUAUGCUACCCUUGAGCUGGAGUUGCAGUAGGUGUCUUGCUCCUACAUCCCCCUUCAUCCUCCCUGCUUUGGGUUCUCGCUCUGUGCCAUCCUGGCAUUUCUCACCCACAGGGCACCAGGGGUUUCCCUUUUCCUCCCCCAUUAACACCCGCUGUGUCUUGGGAGCCUCUCCCAGCUCAUCUUUCUGUUGAUUUUUUUUUUGUAAAUGUAGUGGGUCUGUAUAUAAAGAGUGGCUAUUUACACUGUGGUAUUAUUACGUGUUGAUUGGUGUACUUUAAAUGAGCUAAAAUCCAAAGACACUUUGUAAUGAGCUGUAAAGUUUUUAAUUAUAUCUGUACAAUACUAAAUUGUAAUAUUGUGUUAUAUAUGCAAUGCAGCCUGCAGUACCUAAAUAAACUUCUUCUUUAGAA